GGGGAUCGCGAGCGGACUGGGUCCUUUCGCAGAGCUACCCGAGGCCCAAGCGAGCGGGUCUGUGCAGCACGGUGGGUGGGCACCGAAGAGGUCAUUUGGUAGAGUUUGGGAGUCUUUCCUGCUCUCGUUUUGCUGCUGGGGACACAACCCAGAACUUCUUGCAUAUAAGGCUACACAUUUUGAGAUGAGGAAGGUGGAUCUCUGCUCGAGCACUGAAGGGACAGAAGUGAUUCUGGCCACGUCGAGUGAUGAAAAGCACCCGCCUGAAAACAUCAUUGACGGGAAUCCAGAAACCUUUUGGACCACCACAGGCAUGUUUCCCCAGGAGUUCAUUAUUUGUUUCCACAAACACAUAAAGAUUGAAAAGCUUGUGAUUCAGAGUUACUUGGUGCGGACUUUGAGGAUUGAAAAGACCACAUCUAAAGAGCCAUUGGAUUUUGAGCAGUGGGUUGAAAAAGAUUUAGUACACACAGAGGGGCAGCUUCAAAAUGAAGAAAUUAUGGCACGAGAUGGCUACGCCACUUUCUUGAGAUUCAUUAUUGUCUCAGCGUUUGAUCAUUUUGCAUCUGUGCACAGCAUUUCUGCAGAGGGACUGACAGUCUCAAGUCUUCCUUAGUGAUUACAACAGCAUGCUCUGAACUACUUUUAGAAUAUAUUUAUUGAAACACAAAGCUAUCUUUGAUAUGUUUACUAUUAAAUAGAUUUGUAUCACUCUG